AUGGGACUCAAGCCAGGUCCCAAUGGCGACAGAUGGUAUGUCUGUAUGCCUCUGUAUCACGGCACAGGCGGCACAACUGCACUCGUCUGCAUGCUCAGCGGCUUGACCGUCUGCAUCGGUACCAAGUUCUCCACUUCACGAUUCUGGACCGAUGUCCGCGACUCAAAUUCGACUGCCAUUGUGUACGUUGGCGAGACGGCCCGCUACCUCGUCAACAGUCCGCCCAGCGAGCUCGACCGCAAACACAAAGUCAGAGCCAUGUUCGGCAACGGUCUUCGCCCAGACGUCUGGCAGCGUUUCGUUGACCGUUUUGGCAUCGAGAUUGUCGGCGAGUUCUUCAACAGUACCGAGGGUGUCAUGAUUCUCUGGAAUGGCUCCCGGGGUCCCUUCACAGCCACCGCAGUCGGCCACCAAGGCCUCAUCGACCGCUGGCGCACACACAACCUCUACGUGCCUGUGGAAUGCGACCUCGUAACCGGCGACCUCAUCCGCGACCCCAAAACCGGUUUCUGCAAACGCAAAGCCUAUGAAGAAGGCAGCGAGAUCCUCGUGCAAAUGCCCCACGAAUCCGCCUUUGUCGGCUACUACAACAACCCCGAAGCCACGCAGAAGCGCUUCGAACGCAACGUCUUCAAGAAGGGUGACCUCUGGUACCGCACCGGUGACGCCCUGCGCCGCGACCGCGACGGCCGCUGGUUCUUCAUGGACCGCCUCGGCGACACCUUCCGCUGGAAAUCAGAAAACGUCUCCACCGCUGAAGUGUCAGAGGCCCUCGGCUCCUUCCCAGGCAUCCUUGAGACCAACGUCUACGGCGUCGAAGUCCCCGGACACGACGGGCGCGCUGGCUGCGCAGCAAUCUACAUCGCGCCUGAGCACCGCGACAAAUUCGACUUCCAGGCGCUGCUCGCGCAUGCGCGCGCCAAGUUGCCGAAAUACGCGGUACCAGUGUUCUUGCGCAUUCAGCAGAAGCAGACGACGAUGCAUAACAAUAAACAGAACAAGGUCCCGCUGAGGAAUGAUGGCAUUGAUCUAAGGAAGAUUGUGGAGCGCGCGGAUAAGGAGGCGGCGGAGGCGGAGGGCGAGGAGAAGGGCGAGGUUGUGUAUGAUACCAUGUAUUGGCAUCCCUCAGCGCUGGGGAUCAAGGGCGAGAGGGAUGACGGGUAUGUGGUGUUCAAGAUGGAGGAUUGGGAUCGGUUGAAGGGGGCGGGUGGGGCGAAGUUGUAG